AUGGGAGCUUGCAAAGAAGGUUCCCUUCUAUUUUUUGUUAAUGGAAAGAAAGUCGAGGAUGCAAAAGUCGACCCAGAGGAAACGCUGCUUUAUUACUUGAGAAAUUCAUUGAAACUAUGCGGGACGAAGCUCGGUUGUGGUGAAGGAGGCUGCGGAGCAUGUACUGUUAUGGUUUCGCACUACAAAGAUGGCAAAGUCAUCCAUCGUGCUGUUAACGCUUGCUUAGCUCCUAUAAUGAGUGUCCACUUGUGCGCAGUAACAACGAUUGAAGGAAUCGGGUCGACAAAAACCAAGCUCCACAAAGUCCAAAAGGUGCUGGUUGAAAACCAUGGAAGCCAGUGUGGCUUUUGCACACCCGGAAUUGUUAUGUCGAUGUACACUUUGCUUAGAAACAACCCGAUUCCAACUGAGUAUAUGAUCGAACGAGCGCUCCAGGGUAACCUUUGUCGAUGCACUGGCUACAGACCUAUUCUACAAGGAUUCAAAAUGUUCACUGCUGAAGGAAAUGUCCACGAUGACAUCAACAAAAAGUCAGUUCCAGAUGCUUGUGCUCUUGGGGACGAUUGCUGUAAGAAUAAGAAAAAUGAAGAAAAUUCAACCGUUCCUGUCAUUCCUCAAAAAUCUGCUUACACUCCCGACGAUGCUUCUCAAGAGCCAAUAUUUCCACCAGAGCUAAAAUCCAAGAAUUUCCGAGCACCACUAAUUCUAAGCGGACCGAGAGCUACAUGGUUCCGUCCAAACUCUCUGAUUGACUUCCUCAAGCUCAGAAUGGACCAUCCAGAAUCAAAAGUGAUCACUGGCAACACUGAAUGUGGCGUUGAAACCAAGUUCGGAGGGAGAUUCUAUCCCAAAUUGAUCUCACCCGUCGCCGUUCCAGAGCUAAACCAGAUAACCAUCACUGAAUCGAGGAUCAUUGCUGGUGCAAAUGCAACUCUCAACGAAAUAGAUGCCGAACUCAGGGCCUUUAGAAAGGAAAAGCCGAGUGCAAAGAACCAAGUUGCCGACGCAAUGAUAGAAAUUUUUCAAUGGUUCGCUGGUGAUCAAAUUCGAAAUGUUUCCGCAAUUGGAGGAAACUUGAUGACUGCCAGUCCGAUCUCCGAUUUGACACCUAUCCUUAUGACUGCGGGAGCCACGGCGAAAUUUGCCAAAUUCAAUAACUCUGAUGUGCCGGAGACAAAAUGCGUACCAAUCGAUGCAUCAUUUUUUACGGGAUACAGAAAGACGGUCAUGCCAGAGACAUCUGCCCUUUUAGAAAUCUCCAUCCCUCACAACUCCGAAAACGGUUUCGUCAGGGCUUACAAGCAAUCGAAAAGAAAGGAGGACGAUAUUGCAAUCGUGAAUGCAGCAUUUUUGGUCGAUUUUCAGUCCAAAAGCUUGAAUAUCAAAACCUUCCGCGCUUCAUAUGGAGGUGUUGGCCCAACAACAAGACUUGCAAAGAGUGCUGAUAAGUUUAUCGGAGCAGAAUGGAAUGAAAAACUCCUGGCUGAGAUGAGCGCCGCACUAGAAAAUGAAUUUGACCUGCCCGCCAACUGUCCUGGUGGCUUCGUAGCGUAUCGAAAAUGCUUAGUAACAUCGUUUUUCUUCAAAUUCUUUUUGACGGUGCAGCAGGAACUUUCGAAAGAAGGUUUUUGUGAUCCGAACGAGAAUUCCGAUGUUACGGAUCUUGAUCGUGAACCAUUCGAAAGUAUCCAAUGUGCCGACGUUCAAACUACUGAUGCUGUUGGUCAGUCUAUAAAGAUCAUUUCUGGAGGCAAGCAAUGUACUGGCGAGGCUGUCUAUCUCGAUGAUAUGCGAAAACUUGAUGGGGAGCUUUAUUUUGGUCCUGUUUUGUCGCAGCGCGCACAUGCAAAGAUCAAGAGUGUAGACUUUUCUGCUGCUGAAGCUGUUGAAGGCGUCGCUGGUCAUGUUUGGUGGAAAGAUGUGAAGGGAGACAACAAAAUCAACGACGAGGAAUAUUUUAGACAAGAGGUUGUUACUUCUUGUGGUCAAAUUGUCGCGGGUAUUCUCGCUGUCGAUGAAAAGAUCGCAAGGCGAGCCGCCAAGCUUGUCAAGAUUGAGUAUGAAGACAUUUCUCCAGUCAUUGUCACCAUCGAAGAUGCGAUCAAAUACGAGAGUUAUCUGCCCAACGCUCCUCGUCUUCGACAUGACCGUGGUGACCCUGACAAGGCUUUUGAAGAAGCAGAGCACAAAAUUGAAUCAACUAUGCGAGUGGGCGGCCAGUUGCAUUUCUACUUGGAGACGCAAGCCAGCUACUGUAUUCCGAUGGACAACUCCGACGAGUUUCAUAUUUACUCUAGCUGCCAAAAUGUUGCCGAAGGUCAGCGCUCUGCAGCGCAUGCUCUUGGCGUGCCAAUGAAUCAUAUCAACUUCGCCGUGAAACGUCUCGGCGGUGGUUUCGGAGGAAAAGAAAGUCGAUUCCACAUUCUCUCGAGCGCUGUCGCUGUUGCCGCGCAAAAAUUCAAUCGCCCUGUUCGAUGCAUGUUAGAUCGUGACGAAGACAUGAUGUACACUGGUGGUCGACACGCCUUCUUGAGCAAUUAUAAAGUCGGUUUCGAUAGCAGUGGCAAGAUUUCAUCUGUCUCAAUUAUGGGCUAUCAAAAUGCUGGAUGCUCGACUGAUCUUUCCAUUGCUGUUCUUUCCUGCUUCAUCGACCGCAGCUUCAACUGCUAUCACUUUCCAAACUUCCGAGUCGUUGGUCACUGCAUGAUGACAAACACGCCAUCAAACACUGCUUUCCGAGGCUUUGGUGGACCUCAGGGCAUGCUCGUCGCCGAGGAUAUCAUCAGCAAAGUCGCUGACUACCUGGAAAUGCCAGUCGAAGAAGUUCGUCAAAUCAACUUCCUCAAGCCUGGCGAUCGACUUCCUUUCGGCGAAGACGAUAAACAAAUCCUCACAGAUGAACAUAUCAUCAAGGAACUUUACGAAAAGACCGAUUCAACUUGGAACAUUUCGAAGAAACGCGUGGCAAAUGACGAGUUCAACAAAGCCAACAAGUAUAAGAAACGAGGAGUUGCGCUUGUUCCCACCCAGUUCAAUAUAGCUUUCGCAGAGAAGAAAUUCUUGAAUCAAGGUGGCGCACUUGUACAGAUUUAUACAGAUGGAAGUGUGCUCGUCGCUCAUGGAGGAGUUGAGAUGGGGCAGGGUCUUUACACAAAGAUGAUCCAAAUCGCUUCCAAGGAGCUUGAUAUUCCAGUCGAGAAGAUUCACACUCUUGAGACUUCAUCAACGACAGUUCCAAAUACUUCACCCACGGCAGCUUCAUAUUCGUCGGAUAUCAACGGCUGGGCAGUGAAGAAAGCUUGUGAAGAACUUCGAGAGCGACUUUCGUCGAUUCACAAGACCGAUCCUUUCAUCACCUGGGAGGAAAAAAUCAAAAAGGCAUACUUCCAGCGAAUCAGUUUAUCUGCUACUGCCUUCUGGAAGGCACCAAAUAUCACGUGGGAUCCAGUCGCUCGAAUCGGAAAACACUCCGAUUACUAUUGCUACGGUGCCUGCGGAGCUGAAGUUGAAGUUGAUUUGCUAACUGGAAAUCAUACUAUCCGAGACGUGGAAAUCAUGAUGGACGUUGGAAGAUCACUUAAUCCCGCUAUUGAUAUUGGACAAAUUGAAGGCGCUUUUAUGCAGGGGGUAGGUCUCAUGACCAUGGAAGAAGAACUGUACAGUCCAACGGGUCGGCUACUGACACGAGGUCCUGGUGCAUACAAAAUACCUGGAUUCGCCGAUAUUCCUGCCAAACUGAAAGUUUCGCUCUACGACAAGUUCAGCAAUCGCCAUGGCCUCUACCAUUCUAAGGGAGUUGGUGAACCACCAUUGUUCAUGGGAGCAGGUGUCUUCUAUGCUAUCCGAGAUGCAAUUCGACAAGUCAACACUGACAAACUCCUGGAUUGGCACUCGCCCGCAACUGUCGAAAGAAUUCGACUCUCUGUCGGCGAUGCCUUGUCGUCUUCUGCAAAAUCAACAACUCCUGCUACUGAUGACCCGUGGUGCGUUCGACGAUAA